AUGUGCACGCGGCCUCGUCAGAGUGGAAUAGCGGUCAUCUUGGCUUGGAUUGUCCUUUUCUGGUGGAUCCGCUACUGUCGGUGUGGCGCAUCGGACGUGGCCGUCCCGUGUAACCUCAUUGCCGACGGACGGGAGCUGCUGUGCCGCGGCGCCGAUCUGCUCUCCCUCGAACCGAUCUAUGAUGUUGAUCCGCUGAAGGCCAUUGUUCCUGUUAACAUAACGAAAAUUGAUUUGACCAAUAAUAACAUAACGGACAUUCCAAUAUAUGCUUUCCAUCAAUUUUCCAAUCUCGAAAUUCUAUUUCUUCGACGUAAUCAUAUACGUGCCAUUCAUAGCAAUGCAUUUAUAAACUUAACAAAUCUUCGUAUAUUGGAACUCGAUGAAAAUUAUUUAAUAAAAAUACCAACUGCUGUUGUAAAUCUACCUAGCCUCGAAGAAUUGUCUAUAUCAAAUAACAAGAUAGAACAGCUCACAACAGAUGCAUUACAUCACGCUAGUAAUUUGGUGUCGCUCGACUUACGCGGAAAUCCUAUUAAGAAGAUACAUAAUGACACUUUCCAAAAUCUUGGCAAACUUCGUAAGUUAAUAUUAUCAAAUCUGAAGGAAUUACGCCUUUUCCCCAAUCUAAACGGAGCAGUGUCUUUGGAAGUAUUAAAAUUGGAUCGUUCACAAUUGAAAGAGGUUCCUUUUAAUCUUUGCCAACAAUGUCCGAAACUCAAAAGUCUUGAUAUAAAAUCCAAUUCUUUGAUAAAAAUACCAGAUUUACGAAAUUGUAAUGAACUUCGCGUUUUGGAUUUAGCUAGUAAUAUGAUUUCUACGUUACCUGAUGGUGCUUUUAAAGGUUUAAAUAUGCUACAUGAUCUCCUAUUGUCUAAUAAUAACUUGCACAGCAUUUCCGGUGAUACGUUUACCGGAUUAUCUAGACUACAAGUUUUAGACUUGGAGAACAAUUAUAUUGAAUAUAUACAUCCCGAUGCGUUCAGAGAAACGAAACGGUUGCAAGAUUUAAAUUUAGGAAAUAACGUUUUCCCUACACUGCCGAUAAGAGGCCUCGCGGGAUUAUUGCACCUUAAGACGUUUAAUAAUCCUGCAUUGCGAGAAUUCCCGUCGCCUGAAAGAUUUCCUAGAGUACAAACAAUGUUACUGUCAUACGCUUAUCACUGCUGUUCGUUCCUCUCUCUCGAAGUGGAGGAAUCUGUUACAAAAUCGCCAGUACAGGAAUCGAUUUUAUUUCCCACUGAUGAUUUCGAUACAAGUUUAUGGAACUCAACAUUUAGUGAUAUUUGGCCACAAUUAGAUAACUUGACUAAUAAAUUUGGAUCGCAGAUAAAUGAACUUUGGGCUAACUUUGGUUCAGAUUUUACCUAUCCUGGAAAUUUGCCGUCCUACGUAGAAGAUUAUUUUGAAAAUUUAAAUAGUCGAACAACAUCGAUGAUUGGGACUGCAUCCUCUCGUAUCCAAUGCCUGCCACAACCCGGUCCUUUCCUACCAUGCCAAGAUUUAUUCGAUUGGUGGACCUUACGAUGCGGCGUAUGGAUAGUCUUCCUCCUUGCCAUGCUUGGAAAUGGUACUGUAGUGUUUGUAUUAAUAUUCUCGAGAAGCAAGAUGGAUGUGCCACGAUUCUUAGUCUGCAAUUUAGCCGCUGCUGAUUUUUUCAUGGGUGUUUAUUUAGGUUUAUUAGCUAUUGUCGAUGCGUCGACAUUAGGAGAGUUUCGAAUGUACGCAAUACCGUGGCAAAUGUCGGCCGGGUGUCAGCUGGCUGGUUUUCUGGGAGUCCUCAGCUCCGAGCUGAGUGUGUACACCCUUGCUGUGAUCACUCUGGAAAGAAAUUAUGCGAUAACGCAUGCGAUGCACCUGAAUAAGCGGCUCUCAUUGAAACAUGCGGGUUAUAUUAUGAUGAUAGGCUGGUGCUUCGCACUUUCUAUGGCGAGCUUGCCGCUUUUAGGGGUUUCAGAUUAUAGGAAAUUCGCCAUUUGCCUGCCGUUCGAGACCAACGGCAAUGCGGCACUCGCAUAUGUAGUGUUCCUCAUGCUUAUUAACGGCGUGGCUUUUCUAAUAUUAAUGGGAUGUUAUUUAAAAAUGUAUUGCGCGAUACGAGGCUCCCAGGCAUGGAAUUCGAACGAUUCUCGCAUAGCAAAGAGAAUGGCGUUACUCGUCUUCACCGACUUUCUUUGCUGGUCACCAAUAGCCUUCUUUUCUCUCACGGCGACCUUUGGACUGCAACUAGUAUCUCUGGAACAGGCGAAAGUCUUCGCAGUAUUCGUGCUACCGCUCAAUUCCUGCUGCAAUCCCUUUCUAUACGCGAUUCUUACGAAGCAGUUCAAGAAAGAUUGCGUGUUGAUAUGCAAAGCGAUCGAGGAGUCGCGCGUGACUCGUGGUAUUGGCAGAUGUCGGCAUAGUUCAAAUUUCAGUAAUCGACAGACGCCCGCCAAUACGAACAGCCUUGUAGAACGGUCGUCGCGGGAGAACCAGGGAUUUCAAAUGACAGCGCAAACGUGCGCCUGUAAUUCAAGACUCCUGGAAGCUGAGAGCCGUUGCUCGUCUUAUCGAUGGUGGACCACCGGCGGGAUAUUUUGGCCGUGUACGCGCGACUCCCGACCGCGACACGCGCGUAAUGAUCAGUAUGCUUAUCAGAUUGCCCAGAUUCAGCAAAAGCAGCACAAACGGGCGUCAUCGGUGUCGUCUAGCGAAAACUUCUCCUCGUCCAGAUCGGACUCCUGGCGACAAACACAUCACUGCGGCAUUCCGCUCAAACUAUUGGACUCAAAACGGAAAACCUCCUCCUGGCUGAUCACUAGGAAACCGUCACAGGAUUCCAAUUUGAGCUCCUCACGUAAUGACUCUUCCGGUUCCGCAACCACUGCCAGCACCAGUACCUGGCGCAUCUCGAGAUCCAGUGCCUCUCUAGAAAUUAGCGCGCGCAACACACCAAGACCGAUUAGAUCAAAACCGCGGCUGACGCGCCAACUCGCGAUCCAGGAACCAGAACCUCCGGGAUCCCGGGAAGAUUGGCCGUCAGGCUACUAGCCACGAUACCUUCCGCAGCUGAAACCAGCGAUCAACAAGAUGACGAGAACAUACCAACGAAUUAAAUAUUUCUAUCUCUAAGUGUAUUUUUUAAAAUAUAUUACACGUAUGUAACAUACACCGCACUUUUAAAAUGUAUUCUUGUCGAGAAAGCGAAAAAAGUUCAGUAUUAACCAGAGCAAAGUUAUACUUCAAAAGUAACUUGUUACUUUCCAAUACCGUUACUAAAAAAUUAACAAGUCAUUAUUUUUGUUUUUUCUUAAUAUUAAUAGAAUAUUCUAUACAAAUUACUGUGCUAAAUAUAAAUAGAAAGUACUACAGAAUUUUAUUUUUUAAUAAAAAGGUAAGGAUUUCAAAUUGUAUUUUAUUUAUUGAUUAUUAGAUGUGUGCGAAUAAUUCGAAUUUGAGUUGAAUUGAAUUCACUGUGAUGGAGCAUAUUUGCUACAGAAAUUUAUGUAUAAUAUUAUAUUAAUGUUAAGAAUAAAGUAACAAAAAUAAUGGACUCUUAGAGGUGUGCAAAUUAUUUCUAAGGUCAAACUGAAUCAAAUUAAGUAUCUACUGUGGUUUGAUUUUGUUUUUAAAUUCGAAAAAUUGGAAUUCAAAUUGUUUGAGAAUUUUAAAUUAAAUCAAUUUUAAAUUAAUCAUCUAUUUUGAUUGUUUUAUAUUUAUCUUCCGCGUAAUAAAAUUUAUAUCAAUACGUAUCAAUUAUCCUGUCUGAUUGUUUGUCAAUUUCCAAGCCUUUUCUAAACUGUUCCUAAACUAUUUAAAAAAUUCUCUACAUGAUAGAUAAUUAUCUUUGUAAAUUUGUUUCAACAGAUUUUUAUAAUUUUAUAAAAUUUAAAACAAAAUUUUUAAAAGUGUUCUAUAUUAUAUUUUUUUAAUGAAGAACACUAAAAUACUAAGUUACUUCAAUAGUAGCAUUGUAAUUUAUGUAAUAUGUAUUCAAUGCUUAUAUAUAAUACUCAUACUUGUCUCAUUGUAUCUAAUAUCUAUUAUAAAUAUUUACAUCAUUUUUAUUAUUAAUUAGUAAUUUUUGUCCCAAAUUCUUGUGAUUAAUUUUUUCAUCUAUUAACUCCUUCAAUGACAUACAGAAUUUUCCUGUUUAUGCCCCUGCGGGCAAGAAAAAAAGUUAUAGAAUUUUUACGAUACCUCAUAUGUAAGGAUUCUUUUAGUUGUUGAAUUCAAAUUUAAAGUCAAAAUUUCAAAAUUCAGAUCGGUAAAUAUUUCAAUCAGGAAAGUCCACCCCGAUGACCUUGACCUUGACAUAUGUUAUGAAGAUCACUCGCAACCUUCAAAAGAUUUUAGCCGUCGCUCGUGAUUAAAAAAUUAUUAACAAAAAAAAGUUUUAUAAAUACGAUACAUAAUAUUUCUGCUGUACUUAAAGUUGCAAACCCAUAUGGUGCAGAGAACGCGUGGACGGGGUACAAGGAACUUCGCCCUUCUUCUACAUCCCUGCAUUAAUUUUUAUAAAGCACGCAUUUUAGCGUGUUUUAAAAUAAGAAAAUCUAUUAAUUUAUUAUUAUCCUAAUCUAAAUUUUAUAAAGAAAUAUGGGUAAAUGUUAACAAAAGGAGGUAAUUAUACAGUUAUAUGGAGCCACCUCCGAUUUCAAUAUCCUUUACAUAUUUUAUCAAGGUCAUCAUCUUGAAUAAUGUUGUGAAGAUUUUAGGCCACGCUCGGCAUUUAUUAAAAAGUUAUUAACAUGGAAAGAUUUCACGAAUUAUUUGUAAUGGUAAUUCUUUCGAACCACGGCUCCACAUCCAAGUGAGCUAAAAUUUUUUGUAAUGACUUCUUAUGGUUAAAAAAUAAUGUAAAUAACAAUUUUUAGUCUGGGGAAAUCCAAAAAAAGUUAUAAACAAAAAAGACUUAAAAAUGUACCAUUGUUUUCUGAUUAAUAUGAAAUAAAAUUUGUGAAAAGUCGUGAAGUUAUAUGGUACAGCGAAUGCGUGGGCGAGGGAGAGGCAGAGCCCCUGCUCCUGCACCUUAUCCCCGUAAUUUUUUUUAACUCUAACCCACCAAUUUUAUGUCGCUAUUUGGUUAAUGCGAAAACAUUGAAAACGAACAACGUUUCUUGUUUGGCAAGUUGUGUGGAAAGUCACAAACCCAUGUGGUACAAGCAUGUAUAUAUUGUGUUAUAUGCGAGCGUCUUGAGGUAAGAUAGGCGCGCGUGAUUGACGAAAAACGGAACGAAUGGGCGUGCGGGACGAAGCUGGGGAGCCGACGGAAGGAUUGGAGCAAGCAACGGACGCACGCUUCGCUCUCUCUCGUUUCAACCGUUGUAUCGAAAGCAUUAAAUUGUACAUUAUUUGUAUUACGCGCUAUUAAGAUUAAAGAUCUCGUUAAGUAAGAAUUGAGUUCUCUCUCCUAUCGAUUGUCUGCCCCUGUCACUGCAUAGACAUCGGCGAGGGCCAUUAGAAUCUAGAGGACACGACAUACUGUACAAGCGUGGACGUCGUUUACUUUAUGUUAAAUACGAUACAUGAUAUCAGUUCUUUACGUAAAGUAUAUGAAUUGUAUAUGAAUUUCUGCAGUUUUUACAGGUUUUUGUACAAAGCUUUUGCCUUCAGAAUUUUUCUGCAAAAAAUUUUGCAGAAUUUUAUGUAAUUUUUUCUGAAGGCAAGAAACUUCAGAAAACAUGUCGCCUGUCCUAAACGGUCCACGGAAAUUUUCUUGUUAGUUUAACGGAUUAAAUAUAUGUUAAAUAACAACAUAAAUAUUAUGUUAUGUUUUAACAUAGAAAUAAAUAUAAAUUUUAUAAUUUGACACAACUUUUAUGUAACAAUUUAAUAAGAAAAUUAUGUCAAAGUAACACAUGUAAUAUUGGAUAACCUCCUUUUGGACAUGUAACGAUUGGAAACCGCAUUAUUGGACACCACACAAUUAAAUACCGCACGAUUGGACACCGCACGAUUGAACAUCGCAUCAUUAAACACCGCACAGUCUUCUAGUAAAAAA